GAGAUAUAGAGAGAGAGACCACAUUCACUCGGCUUCUACAGCAAACCGUGGAGUUGUCUGAUCUAUUACUGUUGUUAAUCUCUCACUGUGCCUGAUUUCCGAGUUAGAGUCAGUGAGACCACGUCUGUGUGGGAGAAAACCAUACAGCAAGGGUUCAGCACCCUGUGGUCUCAGGUACCGGCUGGGCGUCUGGCCAUAUACGCCACCUGUGCCGGGGGUGGGGGGCGGUCCCGAAGUGAAGGAAGCCUCCUGUAGGCGUCCGUGAGGGUCGUGUUUAUUGAAUGAGCAUUUGCUCGGUGCCCAGCACUGUCCUGGGGAUGUAAAGAUGAGUGAGAUUGGAAUUUUCUCUUUAUGGUACUUAUUUUAGUUUGCGCUAAGUCAUGAUGUGACCCUGAUGGUCCUGUACGGCUUCCGUUUGUUUGUUCUAGUGCAGUGGUACAAAGUUUUCUCCCAAGCUCCCCUUUAGGUGGCCCCUGCUCAGUUGUUGUUCUCUGUUGGAGGAAUAUUUGUAAUCCUUCAUUUCUAGAGCGCUGAGACACACAGACCUUGAGUCAAAUGAAUAAACAAGUCCUCUCAUGCUCAGAUCAGUUUGGGCCAUUUUGGCUGUGGAUGACUUCAGGAACUCUACUUUCCUCGCCAAGGGGACUAGACUACUAGGAUGAGCUAAGAGCAGCGGAAUUCAGCAUACAUGGCUGCAGCAGACACUCUUGGGUUUAAAGGUGAUUUGGGCUUCCGCAGGACCAAGGCGAGGACAGUAUCUGCUUAAAAUAAUAACUUCCUAACAGUAUCGGGUAUCCAGGGAUGGAAAGACGUCUUCAUAAAGGAGCGCCCUUCAUUCUCCAUCGUUGAACUUUCUAGGUAGGCAGAGACUAGACUUUGUAGUAUUUUGAGGAAAGUGUGUUAGGUAAUACAUCCAAUUUAAAGAUUUUAUGAUCCUGGAAUCAAGUAGUGAGUUAACAGGAGUUCAAAAUCUUGGUCUUUCCCACAAUGAAGCAAAAAUAUUUCCUUAUAAGGAUUUAUUAAAAAAAAUACUGGUCUUUGAUACAAGUACAGCCUGGGAAAACCAUACGAAACCAUAAAUCUUUGUGAGAUGAAGUCAAUUCAGCAGUUUUUAAAAUAAUGCUGACCCUAUAUCAGGGUCUUUGUAUUUUCUCUGUACAGACUGUGUCUCUGUGCUCAAGCAAUUAGUGUUUUUCAAAUUACUUUUUAGUCUUAGAGCUUAUUACGUGAAAUAACACGGCAAGGUCUCAAGUGGUGGUUUUCCCUCUUGGCAAAACAUGGAGUUACCUGGGGGAGCCUUUGGGGACCCCGACGAGCAGGCCUUGAGUCCAGUCAUGCCUGAGCCCGUGAGGCGGGACCCAGGUGUCGCUGAUCUGCAGACUCCCCGGGCGGGGGUGCUGUGUGCUCAGGGCCGGACACCCCUGGUCUAGGGUCUAGACCAGCAAAGCAGGUCUGCUGGAAGCGUGGGAGACGGAGGAGUUCAGAGACAGUCGGCCCCCACCGAGGUGUCUUCCCCCGACAUCUCAGCAGAGUUGGAAGCUCUGCUUUAGUGGAUUAAAAUGAACGCUUGAUGCCAUAAGCAGUGAGAGUGGACGGUGUGCUCUUACCACAGAAGAAAAACCUAAUAGUUUGUGGGUCAGACAGCGCCAGCGAACUAGCGCGUCGGUUAGAGGCAGUAGGGACAGGUCGUGGCCAGGUCUGGGGACCCAGGAGAACUGCCGAGAGCUCUGCUUUGGUCCACAGGGGCACAUCCCGGCUCGGCUCCCUCUAACCGUGGCCACGGCUCCGGUUUUCCAAGAGAAGCCACACGUGUGCAUUGUUUGGAAGCCUUUAUUAUUGUAUUGUGGUCAUUAUGUCAAUUGACCAAAACAUCGACAGGGAAAGCGCCCAGACUUUAAUGCGCUUUGUGAGCGGCCGCACGCAGCCAGCGCCCAGGGCCCCGCAGGCUCCGCACGUUCCUUCCGUCCUGCCGGGGCUGCCGCCUUCCCUGUCCUGCGCCGCUGUCCGCCUCUGACACCGCCGGGCGGUUGGGCUGUUCUCGAGCUACACGGGGUUCGCGGUAUGACACUCGUGUCUGGCUUCCUUCGUUCUGUGUGUGUGGUUGUGGGGUUGCCGCCGUCAUCACUUGGCAGAAACCGGUCCAGUUACGGGGUCGCAUGUUGUUCCAUUACAUAACACGCUGUCACUUUGUCCUUUCUCCUGCGGCCACACAGCUUGUUUCCAGUCGGGCUGUCCACGUGCUGCUGUGAACUUCUGCGCGUCUGGGCCACGACAGACGCGGCGGGACGGGUCUCCAGUGAGCCAGCAGCUUCUCCUCCCGCGAGCGCCACCUUCGCUCUGCCCGGGAGUGUUGUAGCCUUUCUGGUGUGCGCAGUGGUACUUUGAGUUUUAACUUGCAGUUCUGUGCUAAUAAAGACCUUACGUUUAUUAGCCAUUAGUUCUCUUCUGUGAGGCUGUCGUUUAAGUCCUUUCCGACUUUCCUACUGGGUUGAGUAUCUUAUUUUGAGUUAAUAGACUUUCCUGUUCGUAGCAGUGUUAAGCUUGCGCAGAAUCGAGCAGAUAGUACCGAGUUCCCACAUGCCCUGCACGCGCCUUAUUCUCCCCCUCAAGCUGUCCCCUGUUAUUAGCAUCUGGUGUCAGUGUGAUACACGUGUAACAACUCGUGAACCAAUUCUGACACAUUACUAGUUAAUAAAAAUAAUAGUUUACACGAGGGUUCGUGGUUGCCUUAGUUCUGCUUGCUCACAUGUCGCACGGUUGGACUCAUACAGUACGCAGCCUUUGUAGACUGCCUUCUCUCGCUAAGCAGUGUGCUUUUAAGGAUCCCUCACAUCUCUUCACGGCUUGCUAGCGGUUCUUUUAUUGCUGAAUGAUGCUCCAUUGUCUGGAUGCUCCUGCGUUUGUUUGUUUACGUUCCGAAGGCUAUCUUGGUUGCUUCCAGUUUUGGGCAGUUAUAACCUGUUGUACACAUUUGUGUGCAGGUUUUUAGCUCCUUUGGGUCAGUGUAGAGGACCACUGUGCUGGAUGGUCUAGUGAGACUGUGUUUGGCUUUGCAGGAAGUCACCGGACUCCUCCAAAGUGGUUGGGCCAUUUUGUAUUCUGCAUUUUGCAUUCAUUUUGCAUUUUGCAAAUGCAUUGCAUUUGCACCAGUAAUGAAUGAGAGUUCCUGUUGCUCCACAUCUGUUUCUGCUUUUGGUAUUAUUUUUACUGUUUUUUAAUUUUAGUCUUUCUAAUAGGGUUGCAGUGGUAUUUCAUUGUGUGAAUUGCAGUUCCCUUAUGAGAUAGAAUGCAAAGCCUCUGUUCGUAUGCUUCCUUGCCAUCUGUAUAUCUUUGGUGAAGAGCUCCGUCCCAGGAGUUCUUUAUAUAUACUGUGUAUGAGUUCUUUGUACUUUCCUGUUCAUUCUUUUAAGGAUAUCUUUUCAUGAAAGAAGUUCCUAAUCUUAAUAUUGUCUAAUUUUUCAGUCCUUUCAUGUUUAGUACUUUUGGGACCUGUGUAAGGAAUGUUUGACAAUUGUAAGAUUAUGAAGACCUUUUCCUGUGUUUCCACCUAGAAGCUUUAUUGUUUUACUUCUCACCUUUAGAGUGGUAAUUCAUCCUCUGCUGUCAAAGGGCAUUUGCAAUGCUGUUGUAAAUGAUGCUUCUGUGAGCAUUUUUAAACCUGUGUUUUUGGUCCAUCUGUGUACACAUUUCUGCGGGACGCACCUGGGAGCGGAAUUGCUGGGUUGACGGGGUCUGUGUGUGUUCAACUUUGGUCAGUGCUGCCAAAUGGUUUUUGAGCACCUGUCAUGAAUUUCCCUCUCUCUAGUGCGAUGUGAGGUUUCCGGUUGUUCCACAUCCUCAUCUGUCCUUGUUUUUUCCUGUCUUUUUAAUUUUAGCCCUCCUAGUAUAUGUGCAGUUUACUUUUCUAAAAGAGUAUUUUUCGUUUCCUAUUUAUCAUACCUUGGAUUUCUCACAACAACCCCGUAAGUAAGCGGGAUGGAGAUCAGCUUCCCCUUUGGCUGAAGAACCGAGCUGAGCAGCAGAUACCUGCUUCGCAGAGCCCUUACUGAGCACUUAGCAGGACUAACAUUCCUAACGCUCAUGACUCCCAGCCCUGCUUCCAUCACCGUCUCCCUAAUCUGUGACCAGUAACCCAUGUUUUAAUCUAUAGAUACCCAUUUUUUAAGAUAUGUACAUUAAAAAUAGAAUGUACCGUGCAUGCAUACUUCAUUGGAAAUUGGGACAGAAUCUCGGACUGGGCUCUCCACAAUGUUCUGUGGCGUCCUUUAGUUCUACUUGAUUGUCGCAGUGCUAACAUGUGCGGUACGUUUGUGGAGCUGAGAAACAGCAUAAUGGCAGCAAAUACAUCCACAAGGAAUUACUCUAUUUAUACAGAAAAUCAGUUUUUUGCAUUGUCUAAGGGAAGCAUUAUUCUCAGCAGUACACUCCCUGAUCAUUCUCAAAAAGACCCUGUUACUUUUAGACCUUGGUCCUUGAAUUGUUUUAGCUAGAUGGGGAGGCUAUAGGCACUGGAGGUAUUAUUUUGUUGUAAUCUGAACACACCAUCGUUUUGUUAAGUUGGGAUAAUGCAUGUGGUGUCUAAGUGUACACCCACCAGAGUCUAAAGUCUUUAGAAAUAAAAAUGUACAGGUACUAAAAGCAAAUAUUUAAAAGAGGAUUGAUACUUCUUUUAAAAAUAGAGACAGUGUCAUGCCUGACAAAGCAGGCAUAUUGAAGGCACAUCUGUCUGGGUAAAGGGGAGCUUUGCUGUGGGAACACGAGCGACCUGAGCCUGGCAGGGACCGUUUAGUGAGUCUCUGACCAGGUAUUACUCCUUAACUCUCUGUCAGGUAAUAUUUCAUAUCAUUUAUCAUGAAGCCGGUAUCGGUAUUUCAGACUCUUAAUUGACUCACUGACACCACUUAAUGGUUUAGACAAACAGGGUACUUUGACCUGACUCCCACUUGUGACUGUAUUUUAUACUGAAAGACUAAACAGAGUUAGGCUUGCAAUUGACAUAAAAUACUGUUGGUAAAACCCACGUUCACUUGCUGUUUUUAUAGUAGGCACAAGGUUGAGAUUGGGGUCUCAUCUCAGAAAUCAUGACCUUGAGAGGCAUGGGAGCCUGAUUAAUUAGGAGACAGUCUUAAACUGUGAGUUCAAGAUUACUUCCAGUUCUGCCCUGGCUAAUUGUGUGAUUUUGACCAAGUGACUAAGUUUUUUUGGGGUCUUAGUUUCCUUAGCUCUACAACCAGGGGACGGAGUGUAGAACUCCCCUUUUCCCCCUUAGUAAAUUUUCUUCCUUCUUAACCUAACCUCUUUUGAAUAGGUAAUACAUUAUAAUGCUUCAGAAUUUAAAAAACAUGGGACAUGUGCCAGGCUUUGUGCAAGGCUUUGGAGAUACAGUGACCGAGUAGAAAGACGUCAGGGGUGCAAGCGCUGCAGAGUUUGAUCUGAAAAAGUCCAGCUGUGCUCAGACCUGAAUGACCAGCAUGGGACGAACAGGAGAAAACAGGAGGAAGGAGAAAAGAAGAAACAAGAAAAGAGUAGAAAUAACACACACACACAAAAGUAAGGAGGAGAACGUGUGGUAGCUGAAGUGGGGCCCUACUGGAAGUAGGGGCGACAGUUGUCAGACUUCUCGAAGGCCUGUUUGGUGACCUCAGAAAGCAUCCUGAUGUCAGAAUGAAAAGCUGAGAAAAUCCCUUCAUGGUUAGCUGGGCUCUCGGGGACAAGAUCUUGGAAGACGGGGAUGCCGGGAUCGCUCAGUGGGUUAAGGUCUGCCUUCGGCUCAGAUGGAGUUUUAACAUUGAACGCGGAGAACACUAAUUAUGCCUAUCAAGUUCCAAACUUCCAUAAGUGUGAAAUCUGUCUGCUAUCUUUUCCAAAAGAGUCCCAGUUUCAACGCCACAUGAGGGAUCACGAGCGAAAUGACAAGCCACAUCGAUGUGACCAGUGCCCCCAAACAUUUAAUGUUGAAUUCAACCUGACACUUCACAAAUGCACCCACAAUGGGGAAGAGCCUACCUGUCCUGUGUGUAACAAGAAAUUCUCCAGAGUGGCUAGUCUCAAAGCGCAUAUUAUGCUCCAUGAAAAGGAAGAGAGUCUCAUCUGCUCCGAGUGCGGGGAUGAGUUCGCCCUACAGAGCCAGCUGGCCACGCACAUGGAGGAGCACCGGCAGGAGCUGGCCGGUGGCCGGCCGCACGCCUGCAAGGCCUGCGGGAAGGACUUCGAGACGCCCUCCCAGCUGAAGGAGCACGCGAAGACGCACUACAAGAUCAGGGUAUCGAGUACAAGGUCUUAUAAUCGGAACAUCGACAGGAGUGGAUUCACAUAUUCAUGCCCACACUGUGGAAAGACGUUUCAAAAGCCCAGUCAGUUAACUCGGCAUAUUAGGAUACACACAGGUGAAAGGCCGUUUAAAUGUAGUGAAUGUGGGAAGGCUUUUAACCAGAAGGGGGCCCUGCAGACGCACAUGGUCAAGCAUACAGGUGAAAAACCCCACGCCUGUGCCUUCUGUCCUGCUGCCUUUUCUCAAAAAGGGAAUCUCCAGUCCCACGUGCAGAGAGUCCACUCUGAGGUCAAGAAUGGCCCCACGUAUAACUGUACCGAGUGCAGUUGUGUGUUUAAAAGCCUCGGGAGCUUGAACACCCACAUCAGCAAGAUGCACGUGGGCGGUGCACAGAACCCCGCGGGCCCCGCGGAGACGGCUCACGUGCUAACGGCCACGCUGUUUCAGACGUUACCUCUCCAGCAGACAGAAGUCCACGUGACGUCUGCGUCGAGCCAGCAGAACUCCCAGGCUGUGACUGACGUCAUCCAGCAGCUGUUGGAGCUCUCAGAGCCGGGGCCAGCGGAGUCCAGCCAGCCCCCGCAGCCCGGCCAGCAGCUCAGCAUAACCGUGGGCAUCAACCAGGACAUCCUGCAGCAAGCCUUAGAAAACAGUGGGCUGUCUUCAAUUCCAGCUGCCGCGCACGCUCACGACACCAGCCGCGCCAGGACGCCCUCCGCGCAGGUGGCAAGUCUGGACGCUCCUCACCCUUCGAGUGAGCAGACCCACCCCACAGACGCAGAGCAGGAAAAAGAGCAAGAAAGCCCAGAGAAGUUGGAUAAAAAAGAAAAAAAAAUCAUAAAGAAGAAAUCGCCGUUUCUACCUGGUUCCAUCCGCGAGGAGAAUGGCGUGCGGUGGCACGUGUGUCCCUACUGCACCAAGGAGUUCCGGAAGCCGAGCGACCUGGUGCGCCACAUCCGCAUUCACACUCACGAGAAGCCCUUCAAGUGUCCCCAGUGCUUCCGGGCCUUCGCCGUGAAGAGCACCCUCACCGCUCACAUCAAAACGCACACGGGCGUCAAGGCGUUCAAGUGCCAGUACUGCAUGAAGAGCUUCUCCACGUCGGGGAGCCUCAAAGUGCACAUUCGUCUGCACACAGGGGUCAGACCUUUUGCUUGUCCUCACUGUGACAAAAAGUUUCGAACCUCAGGCCAUAGGAAGACUCACAUCGCUUCUCACUUCAAACACACGGAGUUAAGAAAGAUGAGACACCAGCGUAAACCUGCAAAGGUUCGAGUCGGCAAGGCCAGCGUUCCAGUCCCCGACAUUCCUUUGCAAGAGCCGAUUCUCAUAACUGACGUAGGUCUUAUCCAGCCCAUUCCAAGAAACCAGUUUUUUCAAAGUUAUUUUAAUAAUAAUUUUGUAAACGAAGCAGAUAGACCGUACAAGUGUUUUUACUGUCAUCGUGCAUAUAAAAAAUCUUGCCACCUUAAACAACACAUCAGAUCACAUACAGGUGAAAAGCCUUUUAAAUGUUCUCAGUGUGGAAGAGGCUUUGUUUCUGCAGGAGUGCUCAAAGCACACGUCCGAACGCACACUGGACUAAAAUCUUUCAAGUGUCUGAUAUGUAAUGGAGCUUUCACUACUGGUGGGAGCUUACGGCGACAUAUGGGUAUCCAUAAUGACCUUCGUCCCUAUAUGUGUCCCUAUUGCCAGAAAACAUUUAAGACCUCACUAAAUUGCAAAAAGCACAUGAAAACCCAUAGAUACGAGCUCGCCCAGCAGCUCCAGCAGCACCAGCAAGCCGCCUCGCUGGACGACGGCACCGGGGACCAGCCGAGCGUGCACGUCUCGACGCACAUGCAGGUGGGGAUGGAGAGCGAGCAGCUGCGGGAGGCGGCCGGCCCCGCCCACCCCGAGGCCCUGCUGGACCUGGACCCGCAGCAGGUGGUGCGCCCGGAGGACGCGGGCCUGGGUCAGCCGCUGACGCACCAGCCCCUGGAAGCUGACGAAGACAGGUUCGUGGCUCCGCCGCCCGCCCUCCCGGCACACAUGGACCAGUUUGAAGAGCCAGCCCCUCCGCAGCAGUCCUUCGAGCCGGCCGGCCUUUCGCAGGGCUUUACCGUGACGGACACGUACGGCCAGCAGCCCCCGUUUGCCCCUGUCCAGCAGCUCCAGGACUCCAGCACGCUGGAAUCUCAGGCCCUCUCCACCAGCUUCCACCAGCAGAAUCUACUGCAGGUCCCCAGCUCUGACGCGAUGAAUGUCACCACGCGAUUGAUCCAGGAGCCGUCCCAGGAGGAACUGGAGCUGCGGACUCAGCGUCCCCGAUUCCUGGAGGACGGGGAGGACCAGAGCCGGCGCUCCUACAGGUGUGAGUACUGCAGCAAAGGCUUCAAGAAGUCGAGCCACCUGAAGCAGCACGUGCGGUCCCACACUGGGGAGAAGCCCUACAAGUGCAAGCUCUGUGGACGCGGCUUCGUCUCCUCCGGGGUCCUCAAGUCGCACGAGAAGACACACACAGGGGUCAAGGCGUUCAGCUGCAGCGUGUGCAACGCGUCGUUCACCACCAACGGCAGCCUCACCCGGCACAUGGCCACGCACGUGAGCAUGAAGCCCUACAAGUGCCCGUUCUGCGAUCAGGGCUUCCGCGCCGCGGCACACUGGAAGAAACACAUGAAGAGGCACCAGGCUGUCCCAUCUGCGGUGGCAGCUGCGGGGGAGGCGGACGGACCAGAUGUGUGUCUGGAGGAGGAGGAGGAGAACUCUGACAGAAGUGCCUCUCGCAAGGCUCGUCCCGAGGUCAUCACAUUCACGGAGGAGGAGACGGCGCAGUUGGCCAAGAUCCGGCCGCAGGAAAGCGCCACCGUCUCAGAGCAGGUCCUGGUGCAGUCCGCGGCCGAGAAGGACCGCAUCAGCGAGAUGAAGGACCGGCAGGCCGAGCUGGAGGCCGAGCCCAAGUUCGCCAACUGCUGCUCCUACUGCCCCAAGAGCUUCAAGAAGCCCAGCGACCUGGUGAGGCAUGUUCGGAUCCACACCGGAGAGAAGCCAUACAAGUGUGACGAGUGCGGGAAGAGCUUCACUGUUAAGUCGACUCUGGACUGCCACGUGAAGACCCACACAGGUCAGAAGCUCUUCAGCUGCCACGUGUGCAGCAACGCCUUCUCGACGAAGGGGAGCCUGAAGGUGCACAUGCGUCUGCACACGGGGGCCAAGCCGUUCAAGUGUCCGCACUGCGAGCUGCGCUUCCGCACGUCGGGCCGGAGGAAGACACACAUGCAGUUCCAUUACAAGCCCGACCCGAAGAAAGCCCGCAAGCCGGCGGCCCGGAGCUCGUCCGAAGGCCUGCAGCCCGUGAACCUGCUCGGUCCCACGUCCGCUGACCCGAACGUGUUCAUCAUGAACAACUCGGUUCUCGCGGGGCAGUUCGAGCAGAGUGUGCUGCAGCAGGGGCUGGUGGGCCAGGCUGUUCUGCCCGCCUCUGUGUCGGCCGGUGGCGACUGGACGGUGUCCCUGACGGACGGGAGCCUGACCACCCUGGAGGGCGUGCAGUUACAGCUGGCCGCCAACUUGGUCGGCCCCAAUGUGCAGAUCUCGGGCAUCGAUGCCUCCAGCAUUAAUAACAUCACACUCCAGAUCGACCCAAGUAUUUUGCAGCAAACGUUACAGCAGGGCAGCUUGCUCACCCAGCAGCUGCCUGGGGAGCCUGGCCUGGCCUCCCAGAACGGCUCUCUUCAGACCCAGGACAGCACGGUCCCCGCUAGUGUCGUCAUCCAGCCCAUCCCCGGCCUAUCCUUACAGCCCACCGUGACGUCGGCCAGUCUGACCAUCGGCCCGCUGUCGGAGCAGGACCCCGUGAUGACCACCAGCAGCGGUGGGACUCAAGACCUCUCUCAGGUGAUGACAUCGCAAGGCCUGGUGUCCAGCUCCAGCGGCCCCCACGAGAUCACCCUGACCAUUAACAACUCCAGUCUGAGCCAGGUCUUGGCACAGGCUGCUGGGCCCACUGCUGCAUCGUCCUCGGGGUCUCCCCAGGAGAUCACUCUGACCAUCUCUGAGCUGAACACCACCCCUGGGAGCCUUCCUUCGACAACACCCAUGUCUCCAUCGGCCAUGUCUGCUCAGAACCUGGUCAUGGCGUCGUCAGGAGUGGGAGGAGAUGCCAGUGUCACGCUCACCCUGGCCGACACUCAGGGCCUGCUCUCCGGAGGGCUGGACACGGUCACGCUCAACAUCGCUUCUCAGGGCCAGCAGUUCCCAGCCUUACUCACGGACUCCUCACUGUCGGGCCAAGGGGGAGCAGGGUCGCCGCAGGUCAUCCUUGUGAGCCACACCCCACAGCCCUCCGCCGCUGCGUGUGAGGAAAUCGCCUACCAGGUAGCUGACGUGUCGGCCGGCCUGGCGCAGGGCGGGCAGCCGGAGAAGGAGGGCCGGGCGCACCAGUGCCUGGAGUGCGGCCGCAGCUUCACCUCGGCCGCCGCGCUGCUGCACCACAGCCGGGAGACGCAUGGCCGGGAGCGCAUCCACGUGUGUCCCGUGUGCAGGAAGGCCUUCAAGCGCGCCACGCACCUCAAGGAGCACAUGCAGACGCAUCAGGCUGGCCCUUCGCUGAGCUCCCAGAAGCCGCGAGUGUUCAAGUGUGACACCUGUGAGAAGGCGUUCGCCAAGCCAAGCCAGCUGGAGCGGCACAGCCGCAUCCACACAGGAGAGCGGCCGUUCCACUGCAGCCUGUGCGAGAAGGCCUUCAACCAGAAGAGCGCGCUGCAGGUGCACAUGAAGAAGCACACGGGCGAGAGGCCCUACAAGUGUGACUACUGCGUCAUGGGCUUCACGCAGAAGAGCAACAUGAAGCUGCACAUGAAGCGGGCGCACAGCUACACGGGAAACCUGCAGGAGCCCGUCGUCCAGCAGGAGCACGGUGCCGAGGAGCUGGGCCGGACCCUCCAUCUGGAGGAGGUGGUCCAGGAGUCCGCGAGCGAGUGGCAGGCCCUGGCCAACGUGUUCUGACCUGGCCCACCCCCCCCACCAAAGCCGUUUCUGAAGUUAAAUGUUGCGGAGAACAGAGCACUUGGAAUUUCUUCUUGGAAGCUUCGGGUGUUAAGAAAUGUUACCAUGCUAGGUUUUUAGCUGUAAAAUUAUCUCAAGAAUCAUUGUCUUCAGAGACUGAUAGGAACAACUGAGAGCAGUGUCAGCCCGUUGUUGUCGUUUGUGUACAAAUCACUGAACUCAGGUACGACCCUAGGCAGUUCUACCUUCCCGUCGUGGCCAGUGCCUCCAGUUCCAAAGAGUGAACUGGUCUCACUGUCCCGUGCCGUGGCCUCUCUGUGUUAGCGGAGACGAGCGUUAACAUGGAACACGCAAGAUAGAUUUUCCUUUGUGCUUUCUGUUGUAAGAAGCAUAGCUUAUAAAACAAACGUAAAAUCGGUGCAUGAGGUUCAGAGAAACGUUAGAACACGCAGGGAAGUGUUUUCCAUUUUCUUUCUCUGUGUAUUUUGAAAUUAGAAACAGACUCUUUUUAGUCUACCGUAAGUUACUAGAAUAUGGAGAGAUGGCUGGCCCGUUCUCUCCGCGUUACGAUUCUCGGACUAUCAGCUACAAGGAUGCAGCGUCGGGGCCCAGACGGUGGAGGGGGCACAAACGGGGAUGAACGUGUCCUCACGGGAUGGGGCGGGGCCGCACGUGCUGCCCGAGUCCACCUUCGGGGCCGCGGGUUACGUGACUGCAGAAAGCACAAGCCAUAUGUCGCACGCAGGCGAGGUCAGGACCAUGUCCUCGGAGUCGAGGGAGCGUGGUCCCGUCCCCCGCGGCGCGGAGCGGCGUGUCGGUGGGUUAGAGCUGCUGUGCUCCUCUCCUCACGCGUGGGCAGGUGUGUCGUCUAAUUCAGGGAACUCUCACUGUCAUCAAUGGUGCCACAUUGAACACGUCCCAAACCAAAUCCCACCCCGAGCCGGGGCAGAGUGCGCGUUGCUCCUACAGCAUUCCAAAGACGGAAGGUUCUUUACUUCAUGUGAAUUUCUCCUUCAGAAUUAUUUAUAUGUUCUAUAUAUAAAUACACAUGUACAUAGACAGAUAUAUGGGCCUCUGUGUGGCUGAACGGUAUAUUUUGUAAAUAGCAGCGCUCGUCCUGACGGCAGAGAGCGCGCGUCAGAGUCCGACUCCCCACGAGCACGGCAGGCCAGAGCUGUGCUCAUCGGAGUCACAAAUGGGUACCUUGUUCACUGCGACAUGAAGGGGGGCUUGUUUAGCUUUUGUUUUUCUCUUGAAAAAUAAUUGCCUUUAUUUUGUCUCAUGGCCUCCCUGGUUUCAGAAGAGAGCAGUUUUAUUAUAAAUAUUGUAUGGACUUUGUAUAUUAAGAGAGGAGCUCAUUUCAGAUUCCUGAAGAAAGAGACAUUUUCACUGUUAUUUUUCAAAGGGCAUCUUUUGAUUUUGUUGUUGUUCACUUUUUGGCGUAUGUACAUAAGUCAUAUUGAUGAUGAUAUAAAAACUUUGGUUAUGUGAAAAUAUUUAAGUCAGAAAACUGUUAAAUAAUAUUACUUUUUUUUCAAACUGCUUUGUGUAUUGUAUAUUUUUUUAAGGAAAAAAAAAGCCUUAUUUGACUUAUUCUUGUGAUACUGGACUUACUAUAUAUCCUGAGGUUUUCCUUGAAUGUCAGUGUGUAGCUGGCUGUAGUCCGUAUAUUCUGAAUAAUUGUAAUUGUGCCAGAGUUUUAAAGAUUCUGCUUUUAAUGCACUUUUCUUUUAUAAUUUUGUAUUAAAAUAUUUUAGAAAUGUUGAUUAAUUUUGGUGAACAGAUAUCUCCAAAGUUGAAAUUAUUGGAAUUUAAAAAAUUUUGUUCUUGCUAGGUUAUUUAUUUUGGUUGUAGCAUUAAAUGUCAUCUCUCAGGACAAGUCUCUAAAAGGGGUUUAUUUAAUUCCUAAUUGUACAGAGAGCAUAGUUCAGCGAACUGUAUUGGCCAGCUGCCUGUUUAAGUAAGGCCUUACCAGGUGAAUCUAAACCUACUUUUAUUUUCGUCAAAGAAAAAAAAAGAUCUAUCAAUGAUACCAUUCUGUGAGUUUUCUCAAUUAUUAACUAUUAGCAGGCAAACACAAGACAUUAAUAUAUUAUUUUUAUUUACUUCCUAAUUAAAAAAGCUGCUUCUUUGCAAAACAUUCCUUGAAAUACAAGGUUUUGUAAAGACAUAAUUUCACUUGAACCUUUGGUGGAGUACAGGUUGAUCUUUGUAUUUUACUGGUUGAUAAAUGUCUUCUGACGAGAUUUCUAGCCUCCUGCAUAACCAGGGUUUUGAGAAUAGAUAACUGUAUUUUUAGAAAUAUCUCAUCAUAGCAUAUCUGCUUUGGAAUAACAAUAAAUAAAAAAUGAAGUUAGGAAGUGUGAUCAAUUUUUUUUUCUUUUAAAAUAUUUACUAUAUAAUAGUUUGGCACAUGGAUUAAUUUCAAGUUCAGAUAAUGUUUUAACAGAGCAGGAUUUCAAUGGUAUUUUCCCUUGCCUCCGUGAAGUCUAGAUAAUGAAAACUUGCAAGGUCUAGCUGAAGAGCUUCAAAGUUCAAAAGUCAGGAUACGGGUCAGCGACAGGCACGCCGUCCCUGUGAGCUGCCAGCGUCAUUCCUUUUCUCGGUCACCUGCGUGACUGGCCCUGGCAAGCAAGGCCUCUCCAAAGUUCAUGACUGUCUUUAAGCUUGUGGUCAGCUGCCCGUGAAGCAUUCCUGUGGGCAGAGGGGGAGAGCCGCCUUUGCCCACACACUCAGCUUAAAACCCGGGUAGAGUUCUCGGGAUGUGGCGGUGGCGGGGGACUGGGACGUGCCGGGUCCAGUCCGCUGGAGGACGAAGAAGCGGUCCUGUUUUUCCAGAGCGGUGGUCGGUGCACACAAACACACCUCUUCAACAGUGUAGCUCGAGAUGCCCCAACCCUGAGCUCUCCCGUGGCUCCACUAACCCUUCGGUGCGUGGCCAGGGGUGGACAGGGCAGACCCCUCGAGGAACGGAGGCACCUGCCUGCCAGGCAGAGCCGCAUGGGCCCAUCAGGCCCCUCGUUACCCUCUGACGAGGUGGGGCCGAUGGGCCGUGAGCCUCUGUCCCUGUAAGCAAUUCCCUCCAUCCCAUCGGGUUCGUCUUUCGUCCGAGCGCAGCACUGCCCUGGGCAUCACGUCCCCCACUCCGUGUCUUGUGCUCCUCCGCCCGCUGUCGCUCGUAAGCAAACGUGAGUCCGAGCCUCGUGGGCAGGCCUCUGUUCUCUGGCCUCUUAGAAGGGCUCGUGGAACAUCUGCGUGCUAGAGCCGCACGCGCCGGUCCGGGUGCGAGAGGUUUUUACAAGUUCUUCCCACGGGCUUUCCUCUCCUCCGAGAAAUACGUGUAACUCACCAAGAUACGCAUUUUUAACAUCAAGUGAUCACGCGGAUUUAUGUCAGUCACGUAGUUUUAAGAAAAUACGUAAGACAUAUAGGACCGCUUUCUGGGUAUUAUUUUUAGAGACCUCACCUGCUCGCCUUUUGCCUGUUUUUUUCCCCAGAAGUUUAUUUCAGAGUCAAUAUUGUACCCCACCCCACCCCAAGGGUAAAUCAUUACUAAUCUGUUCUUUUUCUCAGGUCUGCCGUGUGACGGGAGGCGGAGAUGGGAGUGCGGAAGUGGCACUGUGCACUCGUCUGGACUGAUUCUCUCUUUGCCACUUAGUCUCUAUUCACACAACGUCAGUGUUUUGGUUUUUUAGACUAGAAUUUCAGAAGUGCUACGUUUGCAUUUGGGGACUCGACAUCUUUACCUUAUUCUAAGGAAAUCAGCAUUUAAAAACCUAGUUGCGGGCACCUGCGUGGCUCAGUGGGUUAAAGCUGCU